AUGAAGCCUCUAAGUAGCUUGAGCGAUGAGCAGAGAUUAUCGUUGUUAAGAAAGGUGAUGUACUGCAAGUUUAUUGAAUUCACUUUAAAGAUACUUUAAUUUGCUUUCAAUGUUGAUAAAGGAUUUUCUAAUUGAGCUCACAUUUUUCUUUGAUUAUUUUGCUAACAAAAUCAAUCUUAAAAGCCAGGAAAAAUGGCUGUCUAAGGAAAAUAUAAUAGGAAAUGCGAAUGUGAACUGGGAGAAUACAUACCGCCUCCCUUUUCCCUUUUUCUCCCUUUUCUUUUCUCCCUUUUCCUUUUCUCCCUUUUCUCUCCCUUUUCUACAACAGAAACAGAGUUACGAGUGUUCCAAUUCAUGUUCCUCCACAGACGAAUAGCAACAAACGACUUCCUCUUUAAAAUCGGCCUAAAACAAGCAGACUCCUGUUCUUUCUGUGGGGAAUUUACUGAAACCCUUGCCCACUUGUUCUGGUAUUGCAGUUACACUCAAAAAUUCUGGAAAGACAUUUAUCAAUGGAUAACUCAAAACACCACCUUAAACAAAUCCAUUGCCUUCUCUCCUCUUAUCUGUCUUGGACUACUUGAUAAUAUCUCUGAUUUAUUACUACAUCACCUUUUCCUUAUCGCCAAACGAUAUAUUUACACAUGUAAGUUAAACAACUGCAACCCCGCGCUACAGGUUUAUAUACAAACCGUUAUGAACUCCAUGGAAAUUGAAAAAGAGAUUGCCUCUAAUAAUAACAAUAUGUCCUCCUUCAAAAACAAAUGGAGCCCUCUUAAACUUUGCCCCUCAGACAAAUAAACUUGCUGUUAUUAAAUAAUUCCAAAAGUUCCAAAAGUUAAAAGUGAUGCAGAAACAAAUGCAAAUGCAAAUCACCUUUUAGUUGGUAGCACAGACUCCUUAUGUUUUUGUUGUAUAGUGUUUUAUUUUGCAAUUUUGCAAAUAGUAGUCAAUUUUGUAAAAUUUUUUUUUAGGCUUAAUUAGUUGCAAAUGCUGUAACAUCGUAUUUUUCCUUUAUCUCUUGUACCUUGUUUUUAUUUUUCCUCCAUGUAAAUGUACGUAUUGUCAUUAGAAGUGUUGUAACCAAAUAAAUGUUAUUAAAAAAAAAAAAAGUAGCUUGAGCGAUGAGCAGAGAUUAUCCUUGUUAAGAAAGGUGAUGUACUGUAAGUUUAUUGAAUUCACUUUAAAGAUACUUUAAUUUGCGUUGUCACUUACCCAGUUGAAUGUCGAAGGAACUAAAAUGCCGGGCACUGCUAGAUACUAGAGCUGGUAGUUCCUAUGCUUCCUCCGCACCACUCGAAUGCCUACAAAAACGACCUAUUUGUUGAUGCAGUCAACAAACCAGGUGAUUGAGCUUCACAAGCUGAAGAUGAGCAAUGUGGAUGUUAGUUUUCACCUCAAGACGGAAGUUAUAAAGGUAAACCGUACCCAGCUCCUUUUCCUUGGAAAGUAUAAAGAGAAAAUUGCAAGACUUUCUCAUCUGCAAGGUAUCAUCAUGGACGAUACCGACGAGAAGGCAGAACUCCUGAUACAUCCAAUACUUGAAGCCAGCAAAUAUGUGCGAGUGAAAGUAAACAGCAUGUCACGAAUCGGUAAACCGGGGAAGCUAAUAGCGGAGCUAACUCCUUUUGGAUGGACAAAGAUGUCCCCUGGGAAAGAAGUAGACUUGACCAACAUGUUCUUGACGCAGGCGUCCUCUUGUGAUUACAAAAACCUCUGCAGACUUGAUGUGUUAGGCCUAGAAGAUAUGAACGUGGCAGACCAAGGAAUCGCUCAUAAAGAAUUUAAAGAGCAGUUAAAGAGAAUUCCAGAAGGGUGGUACGAAGUUGGUACAGAAGGGCAACCAUCCUCCUUUAUUCAACAACGAAGCAGGAAGUUUGAAGAGACUGAAUGCACUCACUAAGAGAUUGGAAAAACAACCAGGGCUGCUUGAACGCUAUGAUUCUGUGAUUCAGGAUCACCUAGCCCAAGGUAUUGUGGAGUGUGUGGAAACUGAAGCUAAAGAGAGAGAAUUUUACAUACUGCACAAACUAGUCAUCCAAGAAACAGCUGAAAGUACCAAGUUGUGCAUUGUCUAUGAUGCAUCUGCAAGAGAGGGUGAAAAAGCCCCAUCCUUGAAUGAAUGCCUCAAGAUCGGACCACUGACUCAAAACCAGCUGUGGGGCAUCCUGGUGAGAAACUGUUUCCAUUCCGUAGCUAUCUCAGGUGAUCUAAAGCAAGCAUUUCUCCAGGUUCGAAUCUGGGAACCAGACAGAUGUGAUGCAGUUUCAUUGGUACAAGGAUCUGAAGACUAAAGAGAUUGAGGCGUUACACUUCACACAAGCUCUCUUUGGCUUGGCACCGUCUCCCUUCUUGCUUGGGGGAGACUUACGGGAACAUCUCAAGCUCUGUCGGGAACGGUUUCCAGCAGAAGUGGAAGAAAUUCUCUGAAGUCUAUACGUCGACGACCUCAUUACUGGUGCAUCGACUGUUCGAGGGACGCAGCACUUGAAAGAAUCUG